AUCUUUCUGGUCUUGUGGUCACUUUUCAUGUGCUUUCAGAUUUUUAUGCUGCUAUCUUUUUCAUUUUCUCUCCAAGAGCUGCUCAGCAAGCGGUAGUCCCUGUAAAAACGAUGAAUUCCACCAAAUUAACUUUGAUUAAUUUGUCUUGGAAACAUCUUGGAUAUCCAAAACUUUUUGCCGCAUAAACCAGAUGGCGCUAGUGGUCGUCUAAUCUUUAAAAAAGUGCACAAGGCUGUUAAAGAACACUAAUCCUUCUCUCUCUUUUUUUUUUAAAUAACUGUUGCGAUAAAUUAAACGUGUGCAGCGUAUUCAGCAGCACGGUGAGCGAAAACCAAGCAAGUUCGAACACGAAAGAUCGGAAAUAACACUUAAAACCAAUCGGGCCGGUUCUGAAGUUCUGAACUUGCGCAACUUCGGUGCCACCGGAUGCCACUGAAUGGUCGCACACCCCUCAAGUUCUAGUCGGCGUCUAGCAAGUGAAAAGAUCUAACGUGCGUGUUGUGAUUACAUGGGCAGACUCCGACGUGGGGCAUCGGUUACAUCCUUGGGUUACGCGGCCUAUGAUGUUACCUGCAACGUAACCACGUUACUGCAAAAUGCAAGGCCGCUCUUUUUCGGCGAAAUGAGAUACUUCUAGCUUCAAUGAACAGUUGCUCUCUUUAACAUUUUGAGUAACAUAACAACCAGGAACCGGUAAGCUUUUCUUAAGCUCGCAAAUGUUUAAACUCCCGUCCUGUUUGGUCGGCGCCAUGUUCCACACCCCGCAAAGGUAAUCACGAGUGCUCCCUACUCUGCGCGACUGGCGGUGUCCGACCGCGCUCCGACAGGUGGCUGCUGGACGCGCCGACCCGAUCGGCCUAAAUCCGUGACCGGCUAUCGCCGAUAAACGCCUCUCGUUUUGUGCGCUGGGAGAGAAAUGUCACCAGGCCGAAGGACGUGGUGACUGUGCCAGCUCAGCGGCCUGAAAUCCCACCCGGCCGGUCGGCAGCCGAGGAACCACGGGCCGUGGGAGCGUCUCCAGUCCGGUGAGUGGGCGUGUGCAAUUCCUGUGGUCGGCAGCGCUGUAUCACCACGUACCCGAGUGACUGUCCAGCUUGUGGCGAAAUGGGCGCGAUGCGACGGCUCGUCGGACGAUCGUACCGGGCGUAGGGCGAAAGGAAGAAGGCGCCCUUGCAAGGAGAUAUCGGGCCCGGGGCGGAAGUGGCGGAAAUGUACGGGAGCUGCACUUCCCGACAGGAACUGAGCGCCGGCAUGCCGGACUGGAAGCAGGAGCUGCUUCGCAAGAAGCGCACCAUGCACAAGGCCUUCCCCAGUUGGGCGGCGCUUGUGGCUCCGGGCAGCACGGGCAGCGGCGACCGGCCGAGAAGGAAGGCUGUUCACCUUGCCGACGCGCCGCGCGUUCCGGCCGGACUGGUUUGCCAGUUGCCCCGCGGAGGCCCGCGUGCCAGCAUGGGCGAAGACAAAAGAGCCGCUGGCCUGGCCGACGGCUCCUGCAGUGACCACAGCUCGGCACAAGGCGACCUUAGCUCCGAUGGCGAGCCGGACGACGAGUGGCAGUACGGUCCAGGUUUCGUGGACCGGCUCAAGUGCAAGUUCCUCAGCCUGAGCCUCCGCGAGUCCCCGGGCCGCAUCGGGCCGCCGGGACAGCGGCCGCUGCGGGCCUAUGCUAGCGUCGAAAACCUGCUCGAGCCCAGCAGGGCGUCUUUGGUGGUCGCGGGCCGGCCGCCUCAGCAGCAGCAGGCCCCAAGGGCGGGACCCCGUGGUUCCUUCCCUAGGGCCCGGAGCAUGGAAACGCUGCUCGACCCGCUCAUCAACGAAGACGUGGUCAUCGUGGAGAGGAGCCCGCGACCCGCGGCGGCGGCGGGCAUCAGUGACGGCGAGCUGCCCCGAGUGGACAUCGUGCGCACCUGCAAGCGCAUCUUCGAGGCAUCCGACGACAACCGGAGGCCGCCUCGGCGGAGGCCGCCGGUCCUCAGGGCCAGGGCGCCGCUGCGAGGGGACAAGGAGAACAGCCAGCCCAGCAGCGCCAGGGCUGCCUUCGGUCGGCCCAGGACGCCCAAGCCCGUGGCAAACAUCAAGCCGCUCCGCAAGGAGGACGACCUGCCACAUGACGCACCCCCGCUCAAGCCCGUGAUGGCCAACGGUCCGCCGACCGAGGACCACGUCGGCGACCGCGUUGCUGACGACCGCAUCGAUGACGAACGCAUCGACGACCGUGUUUAUGAGAACGUCGAUGGCCGCAUCGGCGUCGGCGACGGCAAGGGUGUCGAGCCGAAGGCGGCCGAGCUGCUGCGGCCGAGCGCGUUGCUGCGGAACGCGUCUCCGCUGUGGCCUUCCCAUGCCAAGACAGCCGUCGGGGGCGGCGGUUCCAUGUCGCCUGCGGGUGGCACGACAAGUAUGGUGUUCGACUUCCGGGGCAAGAACGUGAAGCCCCAUCUGGCUGUGAGCCCGGCGCCCGGGGCGGACUUCGACGAGCUGGACUCGUCGUCGGACGAGCCACUGCCUUUCCCGUCUGGCAUCGUGUUCAUCGGGGAAAACGUCCGCAUCGGGCGUGGUGCCCUGCUGACCACCAGGAACAAGAAGCUCAAGAUUCAGUUCAACGACAGUGCCCUGGUGACCAUUGAGUACCCGUCUGAGGAGGCCAGCCCCAGGAACCUUAAUCCUACAUCUGUGGUGGAUGGCCUGCCCAAGGGAGUUGGUGGCUCUUUGGGCAGCUACACGCCCAGUACCCUUAGCAGUGCCGAAGGCUUCCAGCUGGGACUGUGCCGGCCCUGCAGGCCUGUGGCGCCGCCACCGCCGGCAGACGACAUUUCGACGGAGCAGCCCCUCGACGAGGACGACUGCCUGGCCAGCCACAUCAACGGCCCUUCCUGGUCCCGAUCUAGUGCCAGUUCAGACCUCCUAUUCUGAGGAACGCAUCUCUGGAGCAACGUGUCUCCCCUCAGCUCCUAGCCAGAAAACUUGUUACAGGCAAAAGAUUUUAAGACUGCAGACAGCAGAGAGGGAGGCUCUUGGUCGAAUGCCGGCUUUAUUGCUCUUUUGUUGUUUUAACAAGACCACAAAACAAAAACCGCUCAGGGGCAGGUCAUGCCGCGAGCUUCUUGACAAGAAACUAGCAUUUUGCAAGCAGCGAUGCGACGAGCUUGUUUGUAACGUGGAACUUUUGGCGUUUGCAACGAGCCUAAGCCUAUUUAAACUAGGCUUCGAGUUUCUCGAUUUGAACCUGCCCAGUCUGCCAAUCGUAGUCGGCAGGACGAAACUAAAGCAAAAGUGCGUAGAAUGACGCGCAUGUAUUAUGUAACCUUUAAAUCCUUAAUCGAAUGCAGCUGGGUACAGGAAACGUUGACCACAAGGCAACCAACUUUACCCCGUAGACUACGACAAACUGGUUGCACCGUUUUGAGGGCGUGGUCGUUGGUCCUCGGAGCGCGCUUGUGUAGUUUGUGGCAUUACGGGCACCCGAGCGGUCGUGAAGUCUAGAAGUGUGCCCGGUCGAUGGGGCGUUAUCCGACGGGAGCCGUGCAAGAAAGGGUUGCCCUGCGCUCGCCUCUUAGGCCACCAGGCGCUUCCUAGUCAGCAGCGGCGGCGGCGCAGCGCUCUCUGGUCGCGCGCUGCACAGAUCUUAGCGGGAGAAUUAAGAGCCACCACCUGGCAGGGACAGAUGCCACCGGUUGGCAGACGAAUGUCAUGGUGAAGAGAAGUUUUCACAUUUCUUCUCCCGCGCUUUCUCUUUUCUUUUUUUUUUUGUUCAGGGAUGCUUGCAUAUGCUUUUUCGUUUUUUGAUACUCAGAGUUUCUGCAACACUAGCUUGUUUGUUCUGUUGAAGCAUUCUCUUUUUCUUGUCAGUGGUUUUGCCCUUGUCAAUAAAGAAGCAAGCGGGCCCCUGA